CUGGCCAGUAUACUUCCGUUUGGAACUUGAAAAAGAAAAGGAAAUAAUUUCUCAAGAAACCACUCCUACUCACUCCCUCACCAGGUUACAACCAGAGAAGGCGUUAAUGGCAGAAGUUGAAGACGACCACAAAAUUCACAAAUCCAACUGCUAUCUUUUUGAUCCUCCAAUAGUUUCCUAUGGCCUAGAGAGAGAGAGAGUCAACACCCCUAACGGAGUGGGAGAGACAUGGGGAAAAAGGGAUGUCGGAUGGGAAUCCUUCGCCGGAUGAAGAAACUACCGUUGGCCGCGCAGGCGGAGGCGUCGUCGCCGAAUAACGGUGGCGUGGCGGCGGCCGUGGAGAACAAUUCGAUCUCGGCAAUGGUGGCGACGAGCAAGGCGGCGAAGAAGAAGGGCGGAGGAGGGGCGAGGCUGUGGAUGAGGUUGGACAGGUUCGGGCAGUCGGAGCUGAUCGAGUGUGAGAAGAGCGUCAUCAUCAAACGGGCUUCGAUUCCGGCCAGGGAUUUGAGGAUCCUUGGUCCCGUCUUCUCUCACUCCUCCAAUAUCCUUGCCAGGGAGAAAGCCAUGGUUGUCAACUUAGAGUUCAUAAAGGCUAUAGUUACAGCUGAAGAAGUGUUGUUGCUUGAUCCUCUUCGGCAGGAGGUUCUUCCAUUUGUGGAUCAGCUGCGGCAGCAGCUUCCUGACAAAAGCCGGGUCAAAUGUCAAGGAGGGGCCCAAACGGCUUUACAAGAUGAUGAACCUCAUUUGGCCACUGGGGGAAAAUGGUUACCUGUUCCUGAAGCUGUUAAAGCUUUGCACACUGAAUUACCCUUUGAGUUUCAAGUUCUCGAGAUUGCAUUGGAGGUUGUCUGUACGUACUUGGACUCCAAUGUGGCAGACCUUGAGAGAGAUGCUUAUCCUGUGUUGGAUGAACUAGCGAGGAAUGUCAGCACGAAGAAUCUUGAGCGUGUACGGAGUUUGAAAAGCAAUCUGACCCAUUUACUUGCACGGGUACAAAAGGUGCGUGAUGAAAUUGAACAUCUUUUAGAUGACAAUGAAGAUAUGGCACAGUUAUACCUGACUAGGAAAUGGAUUCAAAGUCAGCAUUCUGAGGUUUUGUUAGCAGCUACAACUUCAAGUAGCAUCAUGAGUGCUGGGCCUCAACCUCGCCAUGUGGGUUCUAACAGGAGUGCAAGUUUAGUGUCAAGCAGCCAUAGGAAUGAACAGGACGUGGAAGAUCUGGAGAUGUUACUUGAGGCUUAUUUCAUGCAGCUGGAUGGGACUCGUAACAAGAUACUGUCUGUUCGUGAGUAUAUUGAUGACACGGAGGAUUAUGUGAACAUCCAACUUGAUAACCUGCGAAACGAACUUAUUCAAUUCCACUUGACAUUGACCAUCGCAUCGUUUGCCAUCAGUAUUUGGACUCUGGCAGCUGCGGCGUUUGGUAUGAACAUAAGUUGUCCAUUGUACAAUAUCAAUGGCAUAUUCGGCCUCUUUUGUUGGGUUAAUAGUGCCAUCUGUAUAUCAGUCUUUCUGCUUGUUAUGGGAUAUGCGAGGUGGAAGAAGCUUCUCGGAUCAUGAGAACUCUCAUAACUGCUUUAUGAAUGAACUCUACAUAAGAAUUGAGAAGUUUCGGGGGAUUAAUUAUGCCUUUCUUCCUUGGAAAGUUUGUAAUUUACAAACUGCAGUUUCAGGCCAGCGUCAAAGUGCCUUUUGUCUUGUAUAAGUAAAUUAAAAAUCAUAACGCUACACGGGGAUGUAGCAAAAUCUGCUUGUAUCAUUUGUCCCGUCUUAAUCUCUGCCAUAGAGUUAUAAAUUUCAUGUGCUUGUCAUCGUUUCCGCCUUCAUAAAUCCAUUUGAUACUGUAGUUUCAAGUCA